UAACUGAACAAGGAUCGCAGACUGUAUUGGUGAUGUGCCAGGUCAUCCGUCCGUUUAUUCUUUUGGCUGUCCUCGCGGAUGGCCAAUGAUGCGCCAGGUUCCGAAGAUCCUGUUUCCGCAACUCUGAUGGCAAAACCCUCUUCUACGGUACACUUUGGAUGUGAUCUCCCUCGUUGUCUACAAAGCGGGCCACUGUGUGAUCGAACCAGCCCGCCCUGUCUAAUCUGCCACUGCGUACCUACGACCUGUUGAUUGACGCGGCGCGUAAGACCUCUUUCCCAAGAUGAUCAGGUAGUGGGCUGGUAUUGAA